AUUUCUCCUGCUCCGUUUGCCAUGCAAUCACGGCUAUGCAUCUCGGCCGCGCGUGUUGUGCACCUUCGCGGGUUCGUCAACGCGUUUGCGCGGCAUCGAUCCGCAGACACCUCGCGGUCCGCAUCUCCUAACGUAAACGUGUCAUGUCGCGCCAGUUCGACGGCGGAUGUUCCUCGGAGGACCCGCCGCAUGCGCCUGUAAUAUGGAACAUCGUUCCGGCGUUCUCGAUCGACGUGGAGAUCGGGUAACAACCAAGACGAGAAAGCGAUGCGCAGCCUCGCUCGCAAGCUACUAGUAUGGCCGACGUUGGUGCUGUCCUUCCUGGUAGCCGUCCGACUGCUGUUCGGCCGGGACUUUCGAUUGCCGACGUCCACGCUCGUCUUUCGCGAUGACGGCGGUAUCUCCACGUUGGACAGUAGCCAUGCGAAUUCGCAUCAGGACGCCGGCCCGCCAGGACCGCCCGCCUACGCGGCCGGCGUGUACAUGGCGGGUCGGCAACCCAGCAACGAAAGUGCCUGCAGGUGGUACCACGGCUUGCCGGGUGUCCUCUCCUAUCCACCAUCCAGACUCACCUGGAGCCCCGAAAUCGGCGAGAAGAGUCCCUACAGGGUUCUGCCAUUCGUGUUGCUCGGCGCCGUCGAGGCGACGGACAAUUUGCCCCAAGUCACGCUGUCCACACACGCCACCGCCGAUCAGGUUUACGGGAUCGUGGAGCUCGCCAGACGGUGGGAGGGAUCGCUCAGCCUGGCGGUGUUCGCGCCAGGCCUCGACGCCGGCCUCGCUGUCGCUCAGCUCGAUCGCGCCUGUCGUUGCGAGCCUGCCAUGUACAAGGUUUCCGUCCACCUGGUGUUUCCGGCCGGUCGACCGCCCGCCCUGGGCGCGAUCAGCCAUACCCAGGGCGACUGCGCCGCCUCCGAUCUCCAGUGGCGGCAGGCCGAGACCGAGAGGCGCAAGAGGAGAAUGACAUAUCCCAUCAACGUCGCCCGGAACGUGGCGAGAACGUUGGCGAACACGUCCCGCGUGCUCGUGUCGGACAUCGAGCUGCUGCCGAGCGCGCGGCUCGCUUCCGGCUUCAUGGAGAUGGUGCACCAGAGACCGCCCAAGCACGGCGUGGUCUUCGUCGUGCCUGUAUUCGAGAUAGAGUCCAAUGAACCGCCGCCGACGACGAAGCGCGAGCUGCUCGCCGCCUGCCGAGCCGGUCUGGCGGUAUAUUUUCAUAGGUUCGUCUGUCCGCACUGCCAGCGAUUUCCUGGACUGACCAGGUGGAUGAUCAGACCGGAUCCAGGUAGGAUCCGACCGCUUAUCGUCACCAGACGGGAAUAUCCGCAUCACAGGUGGGAGCCAGUCUUCAUUGGCACGCGCGACGACCCGCUCUACACGGAGGAGAUGUCCUGGGAGGGCAAGCAGGACAAGAUGAGUCAGAUGUUCGAGAUGUGUCUUCUGAAUUAUCGUCUGGUCGUGCUCGAUGGUGCCUUUUUAGUACACAUUCCGGGAAUCAAGCGGAGAGCGCCCAAGAUCAACGCGGCCAUGCAGGACUUCUUCCGGCCGCACGAGAAGAGGAACGCGAAGAUCUAUCAACGCGUGAUAAAGCGUCUAAUCAAGCGGUAUCCGAUCAAUCGUAGAUGCGCGCAGUGAGAUAUUCGAGACCUCGGCGCGAUACUGUAAAGCCUUCGCUGAAAGAAUUUUUAGGGAGAGAUAAGAGGGACCGCCUCGACACGCAUGCGGUGUCUGUAUAAUUCGUAUACGAUAAAAAAAUAAUAUUUUUCGGCGACAUCGAAUUUUAUAUUAGACUUAGGAGAGGCUGCGAACCGGCACCGAUCGCUUUUUCACCGCGGAAAUAAAGGCUUUUUUUACUGAGAAAA